AUGUAUCACCUGGCCAAGUCGCUGUACUUAGCCGCCACGAGCAAAGAAGAGUAUUCUGUUAUCCUGCUUGGAUUAGAUAACGCCGGCAAAACAACACUCCUCUCCCAGAUCAAGGCGCUGUACCAACCCCGUUCCGACGGCGCCCCAGCACCCAACCCCGGGAAAACGGUCCCCACCGUCGGGCAGAAUGUCGCAACGAUAGCCCUACCAGACAUGAACUUGAAGAUUUGGGAUGUCGGAGGCCAGAUCUCCAUGCGCGGACUGUGGCAGAGUUAUUACACUAGCUGUCACGCGAUCAUCUUCGUGGUCGAUAGUGCCGACGUUGGUCAAGAUCCCGAUAUCGCGCGGCUUGCUCGGCGCGCAAGCUCCGUGGCAGGUCCAGCGCGCAACGGCACACGAGGGAGCACAAGUGCCGAGGCUUUUUCAGAGCAAAACGUCGGAAUCAAUGCCGCUAGCAGUGAGUUCGGGCGAUUAGAUGAGUGCCGCCAAGUGCUCGAGUCGGUCUUACAAAGUGCCGACGUGGCUGGUGUUCCUAUCCUAGUGUUGGCAAAUAAGCAGGACCGUGAGGACUGUGUCGAAGUGGUUCGCAUCAAGGAAGGGCUUGUCCGGAAAGUGUUUGAAGGAGAAACAGGAGGCGGCGUCCGUGACAGCCGUGUGCUGCCGGUCAGCGCGCUGCUUGGGUCUGGCGUACAGGCCGCUGUGGAGUGGGUACAAAGUCGUGUCAAGUGGAACAAAGAGGGCAGGCCUCCAGUGAUGCGUUGA